AAACACAAGCCCUGGAUUGAGACAUCGUACCAUGGAAUCAUAACUGAAAACAAUGACACUGUAAUUUUGGAUCCUCCCCUUGUUGCUUUGGAUAAAGAUGCACCUGUUCCCUUUGCAGGUGAAAUCUGUGCUUUUAAAAUCCAUGGACAAGAAAUGCCCUUCGAAGCUGUUGUGCUUAACAAGACAUCUGGAGAAGGUCGUCUUCAAGCAAAGAGUCCUAUUGACUGUGAACUGCAGAAGGAAUACACAUUCAUCAUCCAGGCCUAUGACUGUGGAUCAGGACCAGGUGGAACAAACUGGAAGAAAUCUCACAAGGCAGUGGUCCAUAUCCAGGUAAAGGAUGUCAAUGAGUUUUCACCAGCUUUCAAGGAGAGUGUGUAUAAGGCCACUGUGACAGAGGGAAAGAUCUAUGACAGCAUACUGCAGGUAGAAGCCAUAGACGAGGACUGUUCCCCACAGUACAGCCAAAUCUGCAAUUAUGAAAUUGUCACAACUGAUGUUCCUUUUGCCAUUGACAGAAACGGUAACAUCAGAAAUACUGAGAAACUGAACUAUGAUAAACAGCACCAGUAUGAGAUAAUGGUAACAGCUUUUGACUGUGGGCAAAAACAUGCAACAGAAGAUGUCUUAGUACGAGUUAAUGUCAAACCAGUGUGCAAACCAGGCUGGCAAGACUGGAACAAACGGAUUGAAUACAAGCCUGGUUCUGGCAGCAUACCUUUGUUUCCCAGCAUCCAUCUAGAAACAUGUGAUGGACCAGUUUCCUCAAUACAUACCACCAUUGAAUUACAGACCAAUUACAUUGGAAAGGGCUGUGAUCGUGAAACGUACUCAGAAAAAUCUCUGCAGAAAUUAUGUGGAGCUUCCUCCGGUGCCAUUGACCUGUUACCAUCUCCCAGUGCAACAACUAACUGGACAGCUGGGCUUCUCAUGGAUAACAAUGACAUGAUUUUUAAAUUUGAUGGAAAGCAAGGAGCCAAAAUCCCAGAUGGAAUAGUCCCAAAGAAUUUAACUGAUCAAUUCACCAUCACUCUGUGGAUGAAACAUGGACCUAGUCCAGGGUUAAGAGCUGAGAAAGAGACUAUUCUCUGCAACUCUGACAAGACAGAGAUGAACCGACAUCACUAUGCCCUGUACGUGCACAACUGCCGAUUAGUGUUUCUGUUGCGCAAAGACUUUGAUCAGGCUGACACCUUUCGUCCUGCAGAGUUCCACUGGAAACUGGAUCAGAUUUGUGAUAAAGAGUGGCAUUACUAUGUUGUCAACGUUGAGUUUCCCGUUGUUACGUUAUACAUGGAUGGAACAACAUAUGAACCUUACCUCGUGACCAACGACUGGCCUAUCCACCCAUCACACAUAGCCAUGCAGCUGACAGUCGGCGCUUGUUGGCAAGGAGGUGAAGUCGCCAAGCCCAGAUUUGCUCAGUAUUUCCAUGGCAGCCUGGCCAGUCUUACCAUCCGGCCAGGCAAAAUUGAGAGUCAGAAAGUGAUUUCCUGUUUGCAGGCCUGCAAGGAAGGUCUGGAUAUUAAUUCUCUUGAGAGUCUUGGCCAAGGAAUAAAGUAUCACUUCAACCCUUCCCAGUCAGUCCUUGUCAUGGAAGGAGAUGACAUUGAGAAUAUAAAUCAAGCUCUCCGAAAGGUCUCAUACAUCAACUCUCGACAGUUUCCUACUGCAGGCGUACGACGUCUCAAAGUCUCAUCUAAAGUCCAAUGUUUUGGUGAAGAUGUCUGCAUUAAUAUCCCAGAUAUAGAUGCGUAUGUAAUGGUGCUUCAGGCCAAUGAGCCCAAGAUUACAAUAAGUGGGAUGGACCACUUUGCUAGACCAGCUGCACAAUUUGAAAGUGGAAGAGGUGUAAUUUUGUUACCUGACAUCAGGAUUGUCAGCACAGUCACAAAAAUGGAGCAUCCAGUGGACUUAAAAGAACGUGACAGAGGCAAUAAGCCAGUGGUAUUAGAGGAAAUGCUGCACAACUUGGAUUUCUGUGAUGUUUUGGUCAUUGGCACAGAACUAGAUCCUGAGCAAGAGUGUUUAGAACUAGAUCAUGUGGAGCUUCAAGGAAAGCAUCUAGAUGCCACAAAUUCCACAGCAGGAUAUUCAAUCUAUGGUGUGGACAGCAUGCACAGCUAUGAACAGGUUCUUCGGCAGAUUCGAUAUCGUAACUGGUACACUUCUGCCACCUUUGACAGAAAGUUCAGAGUCAAGUGCUCCGAGCUAAAUGGACGUUACACUAGCAAUGAAUUUAACUUGGAGGUUAAUAUUCUACACAGCUCCAACUCCAACUUCAUGGACCAUGUAAAUCAUGUGAUAGUACAACCACAAUUUCUCCAAUCUGUCCACCACACAGAGGGAAGCAUAAGUACUGUUCACAACUCAGUUGUUCCAAGUGUGGCUACUAUCGUUAUAAUAAUCUGUGUGAGCAUACUCAUCUUCAUCAUAACCUUGGGGGUCUAUCGAAUUCGGACAGCUCAUCAGCACGGCUCUGCAGACAAUGAAGGAAGUAAAGAAAAUGAAAUGGAUUGGGAUGAUUCUGCUCUGACUAUUACCGUCAACCCCAUGGAGAAAUAUGAAAAGCCUCACCAGACAGAAGAGGAGAGUGAGGAAGAAGACAUAGAAGAUGAAGAGGAAGACACAACUAGUGCUGAAUCGGAUGAAAGUGAAGAGGAGGAGGAGGAGGAGGAGGAAGAGGAAGUGAUUGUCCAAAAGGGAGACAAACAGAAUGCCACCAGGCAAGAGCAGUUGGAGUGGGAUGAUUCAACACUCCCAUACUAA